AUGCAAACGGAGGACGAGACGGAGACCAGUAUAUGGAAAAAGUGUGGUAGAUGUACAACAAACAAUUGCAACCACGAGUGCUAUGUCACCCACAUUACUGGCUGCUACAGCUGCUCGUGGAAAGCUAAACCAGAGAAAAAACCUAGGCAUGGAUUCUGCUGCUGCUCUUUGACAGAGCAGUUAUUUUCCCCAUUUCCUGUUAUUGCAUUUUUCGUGUCUGUGAUUUUGCUGUUCGUGUGGAUAGAAACCUCAAAUGAAUACAAUGGCUUUGACUGGGUUAUUUAUCUAGUUACAGGAUACUGGACUAUUGGGUCCAUUCUUUUGCUGAGUUUAUUUGGAAUCCUGGUUGCCUACACUUCGUUGCUGUUGAUACUUGCACUUUUGGUAUUUCGGGAAGGGUAUGAAUUAUACCUGCACUGGAGUCAUAAGAUCCUGAUUGUGCUAGUGAUUGGGAUAUGCUCCAUUGUUUUGUUACUUUUAAAUAUUUACUGGGAGGAGAGGUGGCUGACAUUGAGGCUGUCACUGAAGGUCUUUGCUCCCUACCUGCAUCUCUGCAGCAUAACCAUGAUGGUUCUCCUUUUCUGGCCUGUGGCCUUCUACUUGGUCCAGUUGGAACAAGAAGCUAGAUUCAGAAGAUACCAGAUGAUGUUUUUCAAGAGGAAAAAAAUGAAGAGAUGUAAUACAAUCACAAAGCUGAGAGCUGCACAAGUGGCUAUUGGACUGCCAUUUUUUCUCAUCCUUUUAUGUCUGCUUGUGGUGCCGUGGGGGUUUUAUUCUCCCUGCCUUCAGGAGAGGCAUAAAUUGGGACCCAAGCCAGACCUCUUUGGACAUAGAGGUGCACCCAUGCUGGCGCCUGAGAACACCAUGAUGUCCUUUGAGAAAGCUGUUGAAAAUGAGGCAUUUGGGCUGGAGACUGAUAUAUAUUUAAGUAUUGAUGGGGUGCCUUUUCUCAUGCAUGACCACGACCUGAGAAGAACAACCAAUAUCAGGGAGGUCAUGCCAAAUGAAUCCCUUUCAUCAAGUUCCUUCUUCUAUUGGAAUUUCCUGUCAACUCUGAAUGCUGGCAAAUGGUUUCUGAAAUACAAAAUAUAUUACAAUAUGAAACCCUUAUCAGAGGCUGAUAAAGAAAAAGCAAGAAAGCAGAUGAUUCCAACACUAAGUGAUUAUUUGGAACUUGCAAAGAAGACAAAUAAAUAUGUGAUAUUUGAUCUUAAUGGCCCUCCACCAAAACAUCCUUUCAGAAAUACAUAUGUACGUCGUGUAGUACAGGUGAUCCUUGACUCUAAAAUUGAGCAACAUCUGAUUUAUUGGUUGCCUGGUUUUGAUAGAAAGUAUGUCAGGAUUUUUGCUCCUGGUUUUCAGCAUGUAGGCCGAUUAUGGACCAUUGAAGAACUUAGAAAACAAAAUGCCAGUAUAAUAAAUGUUGACUACAAGAAGUUGUUCCACAACGGGUUGAAAGAGUAUAAAGCCGCUAACAUCACCAUCAACUUAUAUAUCGUCAAUGAGCCUUGGCUCUUCUCACUGGCCUGGUGCUCCAGGAUACACUCAGUGACCACAGACAACAUAGAGCUCCUGAGGCAGAUAGAUGACCCUUCCUACAUCAUGACGCCGGGUUACUAUAUGUUCUUGUGGUUUCUCAUGGAUUGUGUUUCUGCAGUUAUCAUUUAUGCCAUAUUUUAUUUUCAUUGGUGGAGAGAGAACCAAAAAGAAAAAGUCUUCGAAAGCACCAGCAGUUACUCAGUCCUGAAGGAGUCCAGGAAAUUGAAGGGUGGGGACUAG